AUGGCUCAGGCUGUAUUACCGUUCUCUGUCGCAGGCUUCACGCCCAUCCCAGUAUCCUAUUCAGACUCUUCCACACACGUCCUUUAUGCGCGUGCUCACACUGGGCCGAAGAAACCGAAAACAGACUCGAAGGGUAAGGCCGUCGUGCUCCCCGAGGACCGCACGCUCUUUCUCGUGAACGUCCCACCAGACGCGACGGAGCGAGAGCUCACCCUCUUCUUCAAGAGCAGCGGAACUGUAGAGAAAGUCCUCUUUGUCGGGGACGCGGAGGAGACUGAUGAGCCGUCCGACGGAGAAAGCGACAGCGACGAGGAACAGGAAGCUGCGGAGAGUGAUGCAGGGAGCGAUGAGGAUGCGAACGAGCGCCCCAGGAAAAAGCGGAAAAAGGGCAGGGCGGUCGCUCCACAGGUCGUGCCCCUCCCCUCACGACCGUUGCGGACAUUUCGACGGACGGGCGGGAGGGCGCAUGUCGUGUUCCUCGAUGCGUCCUCCCUUGCUCGCGCAUUGACUCCUCCCACAAAACCAAAACCAUGGCCGACGGACACAUCGGUACCAUUGGGCCUUGCGCAUUACACUGCUCUCUACGCGUCUCUCCGACCGCCGCUAGAUACCGUGAAGGCGCACGCGGAUACAUGGAUGGCGCAUUUCGAUUUUGAGGAAGCCAAAAAGAAGCAGGAGAGCAAAUACAAGAAGGGAGAGGCGAUCGUGGACGAGGACGGGUUCACGCUUGUCGCGCGGGGCGGGGCGUAUGGUAAGACACUGGGUGGCGAUGUUGGCGUUGCGAGCAAGAAGUUCCAGAACCAGCAGCAGAAUGGCGGAGGAAAGAGGAACAGGAAGAAGAAUGACAAGAAGGAGAAGGAGGGGUUCUAUUCGUUUCAAAUUCACGAAAAGAGGCGGAAAGAGCUCAUGGACCUGAAGAAGAAGUGGGAAGAAGACAAGGCGAAUGUGGAGAAGUUGAAGCAGUCGAGGAAAUUCAAGCCAUACUAG